AUGCCGCGGAGAUGCGACGCAUGUGGUGCGACUACACCACCAUUCAAUAUUCAGUGUUGUCCUAGUUGUGGACACGAAUUCCGUAAACCAGAAAAUAAUUCAACACCACCAAAUAAUAAAACCCAUGCUAAAGAUAGUCAUUCCAAACAGCCUCGUGCCUGUCCAUAUAAAAACCUUUGUGCGGAAUAUCUUCGAUCUUUAGAAUGGGAUCGAUCUUUAUUUGAUCGACGUUUUAAUCAUUGCUACUGCUCAGAUUGUUAUCUCGAGUCUUGGAGUGAUACUGUUGAAGCGGCCGGUUCCGUUUACGUUAUUCCACGAGGAUGGUGUCGAUUCGGCCUUCAAGUAGAUAAAGUUCGAACUGAGGUUGAUCACAUUUGGCGUAAUUGGAUUGUCACCUAUCAUGGAACAACACCGGAGGCAGCUCAGUCCAUUGUUGUCCAUCGACAAUUCUUAAUACCUGGUGAUAAACGAUUAGAUGGCGAGAAAAUUGCCAUACGUCCUGGGCAUAUUGAAGGACAAAAUCAUAUUUAUACAUCACCGACAAUAGCAUACUCAGCACAUCCAUGCUAUUGUCGGCCUCAACUGUUUCGAUCGCGAACAACAAAUAAAGUUUACAAAGCACGCAUCGUACUUCAAUGCCGACAACAACCAGGAUCUUUUAAAAUUCAACCAGAAACAAUAAGAGCCGGCCAUCAGAGAAUUUGUCCAAUAAUACCAAAUGAUGAAGUAGAAAUCUAUACAACAGUUCGUGCAUCAGUUUUGCCUUACGGUAUAUUGAUACAGUUAGAAGAAACUUCUUAA